AAAAAAGAAAAAUAAUAACAAUUGAAAUGUUUCUGGUGAAUGUUGAAAAUACAACUGGUAUAUAAGGCUAAGACUGGUGGUUCCAUGAAUUAGUAUCAACUCAGAUCUCGUUUAAAGCGAUACAAUAACAUAGUGUAAUAGUUUCCUCUUAAAUUUUAUCCAGCCAACAGCUCAACAAUGCGCAUGUUUGUUUUUCCUUGUCUCGCUUUGUGCGUGGCAAUGGUCAGUUGUGCCGAGGAUGUUGCCUCAGAAGACAAAAGUAAAACCGUAGAGAAACGUGGUCUAUAUUUGGGAGAUUACGGUCAUAGUCAUCAUCAUCAUCAUGAACAUAUUAAGACCGUUACCAUAGAGAAAAAGGUUCCCGUACCAUAUACAGUGACGAAACACAUUCCGUAUACGGUUGAGAAGAAGGUUCCAUAUGAAGUGAAGGUACAUGUACCCGAACCGUAUAUUGUGGAAAAGAAGGUACCCGUCCAUGUUAAGGAAUACGUGAAAGUACCAGUUCAUGUACCAAAACCAUAUAUUGUCGAAAAGAAAGUACCAUAUGAAGUUAAGGUACCUGUAGACAAGCCUUAUGAAGUGAAAGUACAUGUACCUCAACCCUACGAAGUCAUUAAAAAAAUUCCCUAUGAAGUAAAGGUACCAGUGCCACAGCCCUACGAAGUCAUUAAGAAAAUUCCCUAUGAGGUAAAGGUUGAAGUGCCUGUGCCCAAGCCUUAUGAAGUAAUCAAGAAGGUGCCCUAUGAAGUAAAGGUGGCCGUAGAGAAACCAUACCCAGUUGAAGUACCAAAACCAUACCCAGUCGAAGUUGAAAAACCUUAUCCUGUUAUCGUUGAGAAAAAGGUACCUUAUGAAGUCAAAGUUCCCGUCGACAAGCCAUACAAGGUCGAAGUAGAAAAGCCGUAUCCUGUGCAUGUCAAAGUACCAGUUCCUCAACCCUACACAGUCGAAAAGAAAGUUCAUUACACCGUCGAAAAGCCAGUCCCAUAUGAAGUCAAGGUUCCAAUUGAAAAACCCUAUCCCGUCUACUCAGAAGUCAAAGUUCCUGUACACAAAGAAAUUCCAAUUCCAGAAAAAUACCACGUUGAAGUGCCAAUAUUCGAAAAGGAGGAACAUUACUCACAUUAUCACCACCACAAAUAAAUAGACAAAAACUGAUCUACAACUCUAAUACGAAAAGGGUACACGUACAUACGUUCAUAUAAAUAAACAUACAUAUGUACCUAGAAAACUAGAUCAGUCAAUACAACUAUGAUCAAUUAUCAGAAACACUAACUAAAACCAUCACAGAACGCGAUCACAAGCGAUAAAACAAACAACAACCAAGAAUUGCGAACAUUCCAUCGAAAACGUAACUAAAUUAUACGUUUUACGCACGCAAUGUUGAGCUGGACGAGCAAGAGGAAAAAACUACGCUUAAUCAAUCCACUCUUGAGGAAAAGUGGAUUAAUUAAACAUAACAACAGAAUGGAGGAAGAGGAGGAGUAAAAGAAGAGAAGAAGGAUUUACCUAAUAAAUCCAUACGAGAUCUGUUAGUGCAAUAAUAUAUACAUACAUACGUACAUAUGUAUGUAUGUAUGUACUAACAUUAUCUAUACAUUUGUAUGCACAUAUAUACAUACAUAUGUAUGUACUGCAUAUAUUUUUGCACUCUAAAAACCAUAUAAAAUAAGCCAAAUGUGUUAAUUGUAUAAAAAGAAAAAUUAUGUACAAUAAUUUUUACACACAUGUAUUUGCAUGUAUGAAUUUGUAAAUAAAUGUUGACAUUAUAGCGCUUAAGUAUUAUAUUUCAUUUAUUUAAAUAAUUAAAAAACAAAAAAUAAA